UAGCGGCGAGGCGCGGCCGGUUCCCGCGCCUCCUCCUCCUCCUCCCGCUCCAUCUCCUCGCUCCCUCCUCCUCGCUCCCUCCUCCUCCUCCUCGCUCUCUCCUCACCGCCACCGCUGCUGUCGCUGCCGCUCUUCGCUCACUUCGCGGUCGCCAUUCGCCCCGUGAGCUGGCGUCGGGGAGCGACUGACGCUGGGCAAGCCAUGCGGCGCUUUGCCUACUGCAAGGUGGUGCUGGCCACAUCGCUCGUGUGGGUGUUGCUCGACGGGUUCCUGCUGCUCUACUUCAGCGAGUGCAACAAGUGCGAGGACAAGCGCCACCGGGGCCUCCUGCCCGUCCUGAGCGGUGUGAUCUCGAGGGCGCGCGAGGGCCCCGGCGAGAUGGGGAAGCCGGUGGUCAUCCCCAAGGCGCAGGAGGAGCGGAUGAGGGAGCUCUUUAAAAUCAAUCAGUUCAACGUCAUGGCGAGCGACCGCAUCGCGCUCAACCGCUCCCUGCCCGACGUGCGGCUCGAAGGCUGCAAGACCAAGGUGUACGCGGACGGGCUCCCGCAGACCAGCGUGGUGAUCGUGUUUCACAACGAGGCCUGGAGCACCCUGCUGCGCACGGUUCACAGCGUCAUCAACCGCUCACCCGCUCACCUCCUGCGCGAGGUCAUCCUGGUGGACGACGCCAGCGAGAGAGACUUCCUGAAGAGCCGCCUGGAGGAGCACGUGCGGGCGCUGGAGAAGCCGGUGCGAGUGCUGCGCAUGGAGCGCCGCUCGGGGCUGAUCCGGGCGCGCCUGCGCGGGGCGGCGGUGGCGCGGGGCCAGGUGAUCACGUUCCUGGACGCGCACUGCGAGUGCACCGCCGGCUGGCUCGAGCCGCUGCUGGCGCGCGUGCAGCAGGACAGGAAGGCCGUGGUCUGCCCGGUGAUCGACGUCAUCAGCGACGAGACCUUCGAGUACCUCACGGGCUCCGACAUGACCUACGGGGGCUUCAACUGGAAGCUCAACUUCCGUUGGUACCCGGUGCCGCAGAGAGAGAUGGACCGGCGGAAAGGGGACCGCACCCUUCCCGUCAGGACGCCCACCAUGGCAGGGGGGCUCUUUGCCAUCGACCGCGAUUACUUCCAGGAGAUCGGCUCCUACGACCCUGGCAUGGACAUCUGGGGCGGCGAGAACCUGGAGAUGUCCUUCCGGAUCUGGCAGUGCGGUGGCUCACUGGAGAUCGUCACGUGCUCGCACGUGGGACACGUGUUCCGCAAGGCCACGCCGUACACCUUCCCUGGCGGCACCGGCCAGGUGAUCAACAAGAACAACCGGCGCCUGGCCGAGGUGUGGAUGGACGAGUUCAAGGACUUCUUCUACGUCAUCUCCCCUGGUGUGACCAAGGUGGAGUACGGCGACGUGUCGCAGCGCAAGCAGCUGCGCGAGCGGCUGCAGUGCCAGCCCUUCUCCUGGUACCUGGAGAACAUCUACCCCGACUCGCAGAUCCCGCGCCACUACUACUCGCUCGGGGAGAUCCGCAACAUGGAGACCAACCAGUGCUUGGACAACAUGGGGCGGAAGGAGAACGAAAAGGUCGGCAUCUUCAACUGCCACGGCAUGGGAGGCAACCAGGUGUUCUCGUACACGGCGGAGCAGGAGCUGCGCUCGGACGACCUCUGCCUGGACGUGUCGCGGCUCAACGGGCCCGUCGUGAUGCUCAAGUGCCACCACCUCAAGGGAAACCAGCUGUGGCACUACGACCGUGAGCGCGUGACCCUGAGGCACGUGAACAGCAACCAGUGCUUGGACCGGGCGGGAGAGGAGGACAGCCAGGCGCCUACCGUCCGCGACUGCGCCGGCGUGCGCUCCCAGCAGUGGCUGCUGCGCAACGUCACGCACGAGGCGCUCGCCUGAGCCCUGCGCCCGCAAGGCCUCGCCGUCCCCGCGUACCUUCACCGCCCGUCUGCCCACCCGCUUUCUCUGCUCCCUCUCCUCUUUAUUUUCCGUCCGCCUGCCUUGCCCUCGCCACCGGGAUUCCCUGCUCUCCUAGGUCGCGAAGUCGCCGGUUUCUUUGGGCCGUUGAUGCGGGCGGGCGGGCGGGCGGGCCGAGGAGUGGGAGCCGAGCUCUGCCCAGGGACAUGAGCCGUGCCGACGGGUGCCUCCACUCGAUUGCGUUGGCGGCGGUGGCGGCGGCGGCGACCCCCGAAGGGAGAUGGGCGGGCGACGUGGCAGGACUGAAGGCGGUGCGGGAGCCGCCCCACGUCAGGGGACACUUUGCGAGGCUCUGCAAGAAGAGGCUCGCACGCGGCCGCGUCCGAGCCUGCCUGGGUGUGUGCGACACCGAGCGGGAAAGGAAGGGUAAAAGCAGCAGCAGCAGCAGCAAUCUUUCCGGAUGUGACUGAUUUAGAGAUUUUAUGACUCGUGAAUCGCUGACGAAGAUCAGAAGAGGAGGAGCGCCUGAUGCUGCCUCUCGCUGCCGAUGCAGAGAGUCGCUAAAUGCUUAUAUUUUCUACAGGCGGACUGUGUGACUGAUGCCCAUCGGUCUUGGCUGACGAUUGUUUGGUGUGUGUUUCUCCUGUUCGUAGGCGAGUGUCUUGGGCGGGGGGGGGGGGGGGGUUGUGUGAUUGGGAAGUGGGGAACACGAUUAAUAUACGUUUUUUUUUAAUGUAGAACUGAUAACAGCUGGCUGGUAAUCAAAAGGCGAAGUAGCAUAGAAUCACUUGCAGGAAGGUAAUUUUUUACGAGACAAACAAAGUUAAAAGCAAGUUUCUCACACCAGUCCCCCGGUUAACGGCCACCGCACCCUGUCCAGAGCUGUGUCCUAUCCUCCGUUCCUCGCCGGUUCAUUGACUCUCGGCCAUGUUUACAUUAAUUUCACCGAGCAAUCAAAAUGAGUGCGUUUUGUUUAUUAUUGCUUUUUUACUUUGUUUCAUAAUGGCUGCAGCUUUUCUGUCACGGUGAUCAGCUUCGUUGUUAUGGGCGGGGGGGGGGGCGGUGUUUGUCUCUCAUGAUUUUGUAUGGUUAUUUUUAUCUGCCGGACAAUGAUGAUGAAGGACGAUGGCGAGAUAUCCAUGGCACCCAUGCGCCGCACGCGGACCUGAUUGAGAGGACUGUGACGCUCGCCAGACACGGAGAGAGACGGAGAGACAGCGCGCUCGGCUAAAAGCACAAUGGGAGCCUAUUUUACUCUUCACAAGCCAAGCUGCACCGCUUACACAGCACCGCCGCCUAGCGGUUAACAACCCCCUGAACGCUAAAUCAAAAAAACAUCUGCCUUCUCUUUGUUUUGCCUUCGCCAGGCACGAGGGAAUUUCACUUUUCUCAGUCCGUUAGUAAAAAUGCCCGGGCGCUUGGCCACACACAGGAGAUACGAGCGCCGCCUCGUCCGCCGUUGCCAUGGCGACGACGAUGUGAACGCCCCAUCGCCACGUGGCGUUUUUAUCACAACGGGGGGGUGGAGGGGGGCA